CCCCCGGGGCUCGCGGUGGGACGGAGGCAGUGGUCGCCGGGGAAGGGGUGGUGUCCGUGCCGCUGCGGCCCGCGGGGUCCCCAGGCCCUCCCGGAGCAGGGUGCCGGGAGGCUCUGGUCCUGACUCCGCUUCCCCAGGGACCCCGCCCCCCAGCGGGCCCUGCGUCGCGGGAGGAAAGGGGCUGCGGUUAUGGUUCUGUGACAGCGCCCAACUCGAGUACUUUAAAGUUCUGGUACGGCUGGAUAGGCGUUCCUCUCUUUAAAACAGCUGAUGACAACGACCCUAACUUGGUCUUUCCUCGAGACGCUUUCAUUUGAUGUUAACACAGUUAACAGUUAUCCGCGCCCGCGGCACGAGAGAGGGUCGAUUUUUUACUGGGCUGGGUCUGAGGACCAGAGAAUGAGUUCAACGAAGUGUGCGCAGUUAAAACUCUUCAGAUUCCAGAAAUAAUCCCCUUGGCGCCCAGUAAAUCGAGUCUUUUUCAUAGAGUGGUACAACUGUGUCCCAUUUCCAGUUGUAAUAGAUCCCUGACUUGAUUCGCUUUUCAAGUGGGACUGAACACCGACCGGUGUUUCCAUUCUGAAGGGCAUGUGUAAACUCCAGGAGAGGAUAAGCAGGAUGCUGAACCUGAAGUCUGUGGGAUAAUUAGAGGAACUGAAGCAUUGGCAUCAACUAAAGUCAGAAUUCCCAAGAACUUGAACAGAGGCUGCCAAGUUCCCAGUAACUGCUACUCUGGCCGUUUAGAGACCAACUCCAGAGAAGGAAGGAAAGAAUCCAGGAGUGCUUCCUCAUUCUCAUUCAAAACCUGCUUCUUGCUGACUCUGCAAAUAGGAGACCAGAGAUCCGAGCUUCAAGCCCGACCCAUGGAAACUCAGGCUGAUCGAGUAUCUCAGGAACCUCAGGCCCUGCUUGAGAGUGCUCUUCCUUCCUCAAAAGUUCCUGCAUUUUCCGACAAGGACAGUCUGGGGGAUGAGAUGUUGGCAGCUGCACUGCUAAAGGCCAAGGCCCAGGAGUUGGUGACCUUUGAGGACGUGGCUGUGUAUUUCAUCCGGAAGGAGUGGAAGCGUUUGGAGCCUGCUCAGAGGGACCUCUAUAGGGAUGUGAUGCUGGAGAAUUACGGGAACGUGUUCUCCCUGGAUGGUGAGACCAGAACUGAACAUGAUCCAGAAAUUUCUGAAGAUACAGGAUCACACGGGGUGCUAUUGGGAAGAUUCCAAAAGGAUAUUUCUCAGGGUCUUAAGUUUGAAGAAGCCUAUGAACAAGAAGUCAGUCUGAAGAGGCAGCUGGGAAGCUCCUCUGGAGAGAGACUGAAUAGGAAGAUACAGGAUUUUGGUCAAGUGACAGUUGAGGAAAAGCGAACCCCCGUGGGAGGGAGAAGUGAGAAAUACAGCGAUCUGGGGAACAGCUUCACUGUGAGUUCCAACCUUAUUUCCCAGCAGAGACUUCCUGUGGGGGACAGACCCCAUAAGUGUGAUGAAUGUAGCAAGAGCUUUAAUCGAACUUCAGACCUUAUUCAGCAUCAGAGAAUCCACACCGGGGAGAAACCCUAUGAAUGUAGUGAGUGUGGGAAGGCCUUCAGCCAGAGCUCACAUCUUAUUCAGCAUCAGAGGAUCCACACUGGGGAGAAACCUUAUGAAUGUAACGACUGUGGGAAGACCUUCAGUUGCAGCUCUGCUCUUAUUCUCCACCGGAGGAUCCACACUGGAGAGAAACCCUAUGAAUGUAAUGAGUGUGGGAAAACCUUUAGCUGGAGCUCCACCCUCACUCACCACCAGAGAAUCCACACUGGAGAGAAACCCUAUGCUUGUAACGAGUGUGGGAAGGCCUUCAGCAGGAGCUCCACCCUUAUUCAUCACCAGAGAAUCCACACUGGAGAGAAGCCCUAUGAAUGUAACGAGUGUGGGAAGGCCUUCAGCCAGAGCUCACACCUCUAUCAGCACCAGAGGAUCCACACUGGAGAGAAGCCCUAUGAAUGUAUGGAAUGUGGAGGGAAGUUUACCUAUAGCUCAGGCCUUAUUCAGCAUCAAAGAAUCCACACAGGGGAGAAUCCCUAUGAAUGUAGUGAGUGUGGGAAAGCCUUUAGGUACAGCUCAGCUCUUGUUCGCCACCAGAGAAUUCACACUGGAGAGAAGCCUUUGAAUGUAAUGGGAGUGAGCAAAAGUUCUCUCCGAGUUACUGCUGAAUUAAAUAUCAGAGAGUCUACGUGAAAGAGAGCCACACGCCUGUUUUCCUCACUUCCUCUAAGUUUCAAGAGCUCCUGCCUUACUAUAUAAGUAUGAACAAUUUGGGACGUGUCCCUUCCGACUCCAUCCUUUCGCCUUAGAGAAUGGGGCAUAUUGGGCAAAUCAUCCUGGCACAGUGGUUAGCAACCUAGUCAGUUUUCCCAGGAAUGACACCAGCCUUGAAAAAUUAGGGUGCAAGCAGCAGAUUAAGUGCUGGGAGUAGAGGGAAGCUCUGGGACCAGUCUCCUUCCAUUUGGGAAGGGAGUUUGCACUAGACCAUUUUCUCAUACCAUUUCCAAGGUGGGGAUGGAAGCACAAUAGGAAUAAAAUUCCAAGGAUUCCUCUAAUUGGAAUCAGCGUAGACAGCACAGAAGAAAGUGGAAAGAAUGUUCUUGGUCAUGUUUUUGCUAGAAAGGGGAAAUGGAGGCUGUAUUUCAAAGCCACUGCUUCUAAUCCAGCUUUAAAUUUGGAUAAGGAAUGUGCUAUUUUGACUUCAUUAAUUAUGGGAAUCUGGUGCUGAGGGAUUUGUUAUUUUGUUGGGCAUGGGGGAAGAUUCCAAGAGAGGCUUUCUAUAGUGACUGUAUAUCCUUCAGGGCUCUUAGAGCAGCAAGACCAAGUUUCCAAGAGCAGUCUGACGAUAUGGGUGGAGAACUCACUCUUCCCUUUUGUGACAGUGAGUCUUAACAUGAGGGAAAGGAUCAAAAGCAUUUAGCACUGGCCUCUGUCUCGUUCCCUCCCCUCUCCUCUCCCUUUUCCUCCUGCCACUCCUGUGAUGGAAAGUGAUUUAAUCUAAACCCCUAACAACUAAGGACACUUUUAGGAUCUCGCUCAGCCAGCUUGCCCUGCCCUCUUAUACCGAUGACCUCUGACAUCUGGCCCCAGCAGCCCGACCUCUCCCGACCCCACCUCUGACUUCAACAGCCAAGUGUGAAUGCAGAGAGCACAGCCCAGAGGAGGAAGCUCGGGUCUGAGCCUGGCAUCAGGGCUCCUUGCUGGCUUAGGAUGGAGCUCUCCGAGUUUUCCCAGCGGAAGGGAUGACCUUUCAUUAUAUUUUCCAAAUCCUGCUCAUCCUGUAGCAUAAAUCAAAUGCACUAUUAAACAGAAUAGUUUUUCAGAAGGA